GUACGUGUAAAAUUGAACAUUCUCACUUACAGAGUAUUACUACUUCCCUUCUUUUUUCUUGCCAAUACACAGAAAAAGGGAAAUGGCAGAAAACGAGUGGCUUAAUGGGUACUUGGAGGCGAUUCUGGAUGUGGGGAGGAACCAAAGUGGCAGAGAGGGGAGGAACCUGAUGAUGGAAAGCCUCAAGCAAACAACAUUCAGCAAGUUUGAUGAAGACAUGUUUUUCACGUCUAAAAAGCUUCUCCAAGUUCACCAGCACAGGAAAGAACUAGGGAAGACGUUUAGCCCGACCCAGUACUUUGUUGAAGAGGUUGUUAAUAGAUGCGAUGAAACCGACAUCUAUAGGACAUGGAUUAAGGUUGUAGCAACAAGGAAUUCUCGUGAGCGAAAUAACAGGCUAGAGAAUAUGUGCUGGCGGAUUUGGCAUCUCGCCCGCAAGAAGAAGCAGAGAGAUUGGGAGGAUGCACAAAGGUUGUUAGUGAAAAGGACGUGUGAGCUGGAUAAAAAGGUUCAUAUAGAUUUGUCAGAAGAUCUUUCUGAUCUCUCAGAAAGCGAGAAGGGGAAAGGGGAAGUCAUCAGUAAAACAGAUUCUCUCUCUCAUAUGCCAAGAAUUAACUCAGAUGCACAUAUAUGGUGUGAUGAAGAUAAACCGAGACAGCUGUACAUUGUUCUGAUCAGUAUUCAUGGGUUGAUUCGUGGAGAAAACAUGGAACUUGGACGAGAUUCUGAUACUGGUGGUCAGGUGAAAUACGUCGUAGAACUUGCCAAGGCACUCUCUAACAUGAAUGGGGUGAAUCGCGUUGAUCUUCUGACUCGGCAAAUAACUUGUCCAGAGGUUGACUCUAGCUAUGGUGAGCCAACAGAGAUGUUGUCCUUCCCAUCUCAUGAUGGUUUUGGAAAUUGUGGUGCCUAUAUAAUCCGAAUCCCCUGUGGGCCACGCGAUAAAUACAUACCAAAAGAAUCGCUCUGGCCAUAUAUACCAGAGUUCACAGAUGGGGCUUUGGGUCACAUAGUCAAUAUGUCAAGAGCUUUAGCAGCAGAACAAGGAAAUGAAGGGAAACCUGUGUGGCCUUAUGUUAUCCAUGGACAUUACGCUGAUGCAGGAGAGGUAGCAGCACGCAUAUCAGGAACCUUAAAUGUACCUAUGGUAUUUACAGGUCACUCACUGGGCAGAAACAAGUUUGAGCAAUUGCUUAAACAGGGGAUGCUCACAGAGGAUAUAAAUGCCACAUAUAAAAUUAUAAGAAGGAUUGAAGCUGAGGAGUUGGCACUUGAUUCUGCAGAAAUGGUGGUCACCAGCACAAGGCAGGAGAUUGAAGAGCAAUGGGGUUUGUAUGAUGGUUUUGACGUACAAUUGGAGAGGAAGCUUAGGAUUAGGAGACAGAGGGGAGUUAGUUGCCUUGGGCGAUACAUGCCUAGGAUGGUGGUUAUACAUCCCGGGAUGGAUUUCAGCAGUGUUAAAUCACAAGAUCUCGUAGACGGUGAAGCAGACCUCAAGGGUUUUAGUGGAACAGGCAAAAUCCAAAAGAAGCCUAUCCCUCACAUAUGGGCAGAGAUUUUGAAAUUCUUCACAAACCCACACAAGCCAAUGAUACUUGCAUUGUCCCGUCCUGAUCCUAAGAAGAACGUUAUGACUCUGCUCAAGGCUUUUGGAGAAUGCCGAGCCCUUCAAGAACUAGCCAAUAUGACACUUAUACUGGGCAACAGAGAUGAUAUAGAAGAGAUGUCAAGUAACACCUCCACAGUUGUCACUGCAGUACUUAAGCUCAUUGACAGAUACAAUCUAUACGGCCAGGUGGCAUAUCCAAAGCAUCACAAGCAACACGAGGUUCCUGAUAUAUAUCGCCUAGCUGCAAAAACCAAGGGAGUUUUCAUCAAUCCAGCUUUUGUUGAGCCAUUUGGUCUCACUCUUAUUGAGGCUGCAGCUUAUGGAUUACCAGUAGUUGCAACAAAAAAUGGAGGGCCUGUUGAUAUAAUUAAGGAGCUUAACAAUGGGUUGCUUGUUGAUCCACAUGACCAACAAGGAAUAUCAGAUGCUCUUCUAAAGCUUGUUGUUGAUAAAGCCCUCUGGCUUGAGUGCCGUAAGAAUGGUCUAAAAAACAUCAGUCGCUUCUCCUGGCCAGAUCAUUGCCUUAACUAUUUAUCCCAUGUCGAGCAUUGCAGAAAACGCCACCCUGCAAAUUUCUUUGAAGUUAUAGUGCCAGCUACUGAAGAACCAAUGACUGAAUCACUAUGUGGGGUUGAAGACUUUUCACUUAAGUUCUCCAUUGAUGCAGACCUUAAACUUAACAGAGAUGUUGAUAUGGAUAACAGAAAGCAAGAACUUAUCAAUGUGCUAACACGGAAGCAAUCUUUGAAUCCCAAAUUAUCCAUUAGCUAUUUCCCGGGAAGAAGGCAAGCACUAUAUGUAGUGGCAGUAGAUUGUUAUGACAACAUGGGAAAUGCUUCAGAGAUAUUAUCUCUAAUCAUCAACAAUGUGAACCAAAUUAGAGGUUCAAAAUCCAGCCAAACAGGUUUAGUACUAAUGACAGGAAUGAGUCUCCAUGAGAUGAAAGAAGCAAUAAAGAAUAGCCAAGCAAAUCUGGAAGAUUUUGAUGCAAUUGCUUGCAACAGUGGGAGUGAAAUGUACUAUCCAUGGAGGGAUAUGGUACUCGAUGAAGACUAUGAAAUGCAUAUUGAGUACCGGUGGCCAUGUGAGAAUGUAAAAUCAGUCAUGACAAGGCUGGCCAAAGUAGAUGCCAGCGGUACUGACAGUGAUGACAUGACUUGCAUUAGCCCAAGCAGCUCCCGAUGCUACACUUAUAUCAUUAAAGCGGGAACCAAGACUCGGAGAGUGAAUGAUCUUCGACAAAGGCUACGCAUGAGAGGAUUUCGUUGCAACACUGUAUACACACAUGCUGGGUUAAGGUUGAAUGUGAUUCCAUUAUAUGCAUCAAGAUCCCAAGCAAUCAGGUACCUUUCUAUUAGAUGGGGGAUAGAUCUUUCCAGAAUAACAGUCUUUGUGGGGGAAAGCGGGGACACUGACUAUGCAGACCUGCUCAUGGGCCUUCACAAGAUUAUUAUUCUACAAGAUUGUGUGGAAUGUGGCAGUCAUAAGCUUCUUCACGAUGAAGAUAGCAUCAAAUGGAAAGAUGUAACAUCCCAAAACAACACAACCAUAGCCGAGAGUUAUGAAGCACAAGUUAUCUGCACAUCAUUGGAGAAGCUAGGAAGCAUGUGAAGUAUAUAUUUUAUUACCUUUUAGAAAAAGGGUAAUAAAUAUUGAAGGGGAUUAGAAUUUGCACCUAAAUUGAUACUGUUUUCAGAUACAUAUAUAAUGGUAUACAAGCGUGUAUAAAAAAUAAAGGUACACAAGCUCAUCAAGUGUAUGACUACAACACAUAGUAAUCACAUUUUUUUACCUGGUAAGCAAAACCACCGAAAUCGGUGGGGCAAAUGCCGGGGAACAUUUGCCGGAUAUUAUAAAAAUGAAGCACAUAGUAAUCACAUAUUGCAAUAACUAUUUUUUUUGCAUUUCCAGUGCAUGUAUUGAAAGCAAUACUUGGGAUACAUCAAAGUAAGAAACAAAAGCUGGUGUUGGGUUUGGUCUCUUUCUUUUCAGAAACAAAUAUUCAGACACAACACAACUCACACAAGCACACAUGAUACUCACAAACGUAUACGCAACAGAGGCAAACAUAUCCUUUUAUUUCAAAUCGUCACGAUGAGUUACUUGUAUUGAGAGAAAGCAUGGUCAGACUGACGUCAGCCAGCAGGAAAGUGCAUAUGAUAUUAUAAAUGCCGGGGAACAUUUGCCGGAUAUUAUAAAAAUGAAGCACAUAGUAAUCACAUAUUGCAAUAACUGUUUUUUUGCAUUUCCAGUGCAUGUAUUGAAAGCAAUACUUGGGAUACAUCAAAGUAAGAAACAAAAGCUGGUGUUGGGUUUGGUCUCUUUCUUUUCAGAAACAAAUAUUCAGACACAACACAACUCACACAAGCACACAUGAUACUCACAAACGUAUACGCAACAGAGGCAAACAUAUCCUUUUAUUUCAAAUCGUCAUGAUGAGUUACUUGUAUUGAGAGAAAGCAUGGUCAGUCUAACGUCACCCAGCAGGAAAGUGCAUAUGAUUUACAGUAAUGUUUUCUUCAGUACUUUCCUCAUCCAACACAAGAGUUCAACUCUAUCUCGUACUUCUCUCCACAUGAACAGUUGAUUGUAUGUGAAAU